AUGGUAGUCCUGGCGCUCCCGCUCCCAAGAACCCGAACUCUGGAUUUGGACCGUUGGGCAGAUGUUAUACGGGAGCGCCUCAACAUCCCUUCCGUACAGGACGGCGCAGGAAGCACAGCAAUCCCCAGUGAUGAUGAUGAUAAUAAUCUCCAACGAUCCUCCGUUCCAUUACUAUUUACCCUCCCCGCCGAAAUCUUCAGUUUGAUCCUGAACCGGCUGACCUUCCGUGAUAUUGUCGCUUUGUCGCUGACCAGUCGUGCGCUGCGGGAUAUCUACUCGCCUCCCGAGGAUCUCAAACGUCGACGGUGCGCGCAGAAGAUCCAUUCGGUGUUUUUGCUGCCGCAUGUGAGCCCCUUCGAGCAUAGCCAUAACCAUAACCACUAUCACUAUCACCAACCAUAUAAUAAGAACAGCAGUAACGUUAACAGUUAUAACAACCACGGCGUUUCAAUUCAUGCCUCCAAUUCAAACUUCAAUCCCAAUCCCAACAGCGGCGCCUGCUAUAAAUGUCCUUACUGCGCUCAUCCGCUGUGCCCGCCAACAUGUAGCACUGCCUUACUCCUAGACAGCAACACAGGAAUCUUCUUCCCCGCCUCCUUAUGGCCCGAUUGCGCCCGUGCCAGGUUCCUCUACACCCACAAACCCCACCCGUCUAAAGAACAUGUCGACUGUCGGCAACCGCCCUCCACAGGUGGCGAAUACUCCACAAUAUGGUGUUCACAUCAUCGAUGUCCUAGAGAUCUGUUUAGCAUUAAACACAUCCACAAACGUUCCGGACCAGAGAGUUUUCUCGCAGAGUACCGUACGAGACGUGGAUGGAAAUUAGCAAGAAAAUCCAGAGGACAGGCGCCGAAACUUGCGAGGUGGUUUGUAGGGUAUAAAACAAAAUCGCAGGAAGAGGCCCUUUCGAUCUCGAAAGAACAUCCGGAUAAAGCCGGCCGAGUAGGGUGUUUUGAAAAGGUGUUUUACGAAACUUUUUGUCGACAUUGUUUACGCCCCAUUGAACAUGUCGGAGUUAAGCUAUACCCUCGACCACUGGGGAGUGCCUCUUGUUCUUCUUGUAGUAAUGCCCCGUGGGGUAGAUGGAAUAGAGGGUGUUUGGACUGUGGAAUUGUGAGUGUGAAAAUUAGGAUGAUUGAUGUUUUUGAUGAGAAAUGGUCUGGAUCGAAGAUAUUCUCAAAAUCGAAAAAGAGAGAUGGAAGUCUAUCCAAUGAUUUAUCUUGGCAAGAACAUGACGGCUAUUGGUUAUUCCUUGCCACAGAGUGCAGGAUAGUCAGUACCAUCGGGGCGGUGGAAAGAAGAAGGUUGGUCCCCGUUAAUUCUGAGAAGGCGGAGGAUGCAUUAAAUAUUGUACGAGGUAGGUCGAUACACAAUAUCGAGAAGUCCAAGGUAGGGAUUGAACAUCUGCCUUAUAAGAUUUUAUCACAGAUUUUGGGAUACCUCCAAGAAGAUUGGGAGGAUCCGUCGUGGUAUAGUGCUUUGACAGCGAGUUAUUGUUUUUUGAAGGCGUCACAGAGGAUGCAUCCCUUUGUAGGGAGGCCAUAUACCGCUGAAGAGGUUUGGAGGGAUUCUUACAGGUUACAUAGUAUUUGGUGA